UUAUCCGGAAGUUUAUUAGUCAUCAACAUGGCGCCGGUCGCCUCCUUAUUUUCCUUGUAUCUUAUUAUUUUAUUUAUUUCCUAUCUAUCGAACAACUGUGUGGAAUGUGUUAGAACAAAGAAAAAGAUCUACCUUGAUCUUGUGACCCAGAAUGCCUGCUUCCGUGUACUGAACGCAACUCAUCAAGUUGGAUGUUCUUCCAAGUCUGGUGGUAAUGUUGGUGUUUUACACUAUCUAGAAGGACAAGAUGAUUAUGAUUGGGUUUUAAAAGAUGGACCACAUACACCUUACGUUGUUUUGAUGAAUUCUGAAGACUUCCAUAGAGAGAAAGUUCAACAGUUAUUAAAGUCAGGUCGUGUCAAUGGUAUAUUGCUUGUAAAUGUUUUAAAUAAUUCAACUUUGACCCCGUUACCACCUAAUGGAUUUUCAGCAGAUAAAGAUUGUCCUAAUGAUAAUUAUGGAGCAUAUUAUAAAAAUGACUCGUAUAAACAUUGUAAAAGUGUGAAGUGGAACAAACCAGGUGAAGCGUUAUAUUUUACGGACUACCAUGAUUUUCCCAUGUUCGCCAUCUCAAAUAUAUCAGAUUUGAAUAUCUUAAUUGAUCAGUGUUAUCGCCCAUUUAACCAACCCAGUAAUGGUGUGGCUAAAACGUAUCCCAUCUGUGCUGUGGAACUUAGUGACAGUAUGGAUGCUGCGAAAGAUUCUAUUACAUGUAUUCGUAGAUCGGAACUUAUUACCAAUUUAAAUCCGACCAAAUAUUGUGACGCUAUGGGCGAUAAGAAUUUAAUCUCCACCAUGAAGGCUAUACCUCAAAAUGAAACUCGGCCAGCUAAAUCGGUUAUUGUCGUGGCAACUAGGAUGGAUUCAUUUUCUAUGUUUGGUUAUGAGUAUCAGAAUUCUGAUACAACUGUGACUGGUAUUGUAGCUCUACUGGCAGCAGCUCAUGCUCUAAAACAAGUUAAAGAUGAUUUACGUGCAGCAAGCUCAGAUCUUAUGUUUACAUUCUUUCAAGGGGAAGCGUUUGAUUAUAUUGGAUCAAGUCGAAUGGUAUAUGACAUGGAGUUAAAUCAUUUCCCGUAUGAUAUAACAGAUAACAAGUCUCUUCGAAUACAGAACAUCCAUCUUAAUCAUAUAUCACAUUUUAUAGAACUUAGUCAACUCGGACAUCGUGAUCAAGGCCAAUUGUGGAUUCAUUCAGAUCCAAUAUCUAAAGAAAAUCCAGCAAUUUCAGAUGAGGUUAAAAAGUUAAUAGAUAUAAUUAAACCUAUAGGAGAAAAGUUAAAUGUUAGUCUGGGUGAAACAGCAGCUGAUCAGCCAUUACCACCAGCUUCUGUACAGAGAUUUCUUAGAAAGAUGGCUAUUCCAUCAAUUGUAAUUACAGACCAUGAGAAACAAUAUACUAACAAGUAUUAUAAUAGUAGAUUUGAUCUACCCAGAGAGAUUAAUGCUGAUUAUCCAGACACAUUAAAUGAUACAGAGAAGUAUGAUUACAUCACGGAACAAGCUGUAUUAUUAACUAACAUAGCAACGACUCUAGCUCGAUUUCUGUAUACACAAACAACUGGUAAACAAUUAACACCUGAUCUAGAGAAUAAAAUACAAGCUGAUGAAAAAGAGAUUGCCCAUCUGUUGUAUUGUUUUCUAGAGAGUCCUGUGUGUGAAUUAUUUAAACAAAGUGUUUCACCGGAAGAUAAAGAUAAUUUAGCAUCUGCUAAGAAACCGUUUCCAUUUUAUGUGGGUGUAGAUUAUCAGACCAAUCAGAUAACAAGAUUAGCCCAUGCUAUCUUAGCUCAAUAUUUGGGUGAUAGAAUGGUCAAUGUUACUAAGGACACAGAUUGUAAACAGCCAGAUAAUGAUAAGAGAUAUAAGUAUUUAUGGAUGCAAGGAUCAGUGAAACCUGGUACUAAUACAAGAGAGGGUUGGUGUAUAAAAUCUACAGCUAUGUUACAGAAAGCCAAAUCACCAGCUUUUGAAAUUGAUGAUUAUGAUUGGCUAUCUGGAGAAUAUUCAACAUGGACAGAGAGCACGUGGACAGUAACUAAAGUUCGAGCAUUUUUAAUACCAAGUGAAUCACAAGAGGUUUUAACGCUGUGUGUUGGUCUGGCACUAUUCAUCGUAUCAUUGGGCGUUGUUUAUUUCUUUAACGCCAGUUCUGAUAUUAUAUUUCUAAGUACGAACACAGCCAGUGAUACUCCACCAUCUUGAAUAUUAUAAAUAUUAAACGAAGACGUUGACCCUAUCAAUAGGUGUGAUUCUUACAUUGGUCUCCAUGUUAUUGGUGUAUUUUGUCAACAAACGAUCUUCAGUGAUUUUCUUCUCAGAUUUUUAACGAAUAUUACAACCACUAUAAUGCUAGUAUUAUUAUUAUUAUACUUAUGUUGAUGUUAUGUCAAGCAUCUGUUUUAAUGGUGUCACUGAAACACUGAUAAACUAUAAUACAUACUUAUGGAAAACAGCUACUGAUAUAUUUGGACGAUGUUUCGACGUUGAGAGAAUGCUCUUUGAAACGUAACCCCAAUAUAUUAGUAUCUAUUUUCCAUAUGUAUGUGUUAAGUUUACUAGAUGCCUCUAAAAGAUUAUAACACUGAUCUGAUGUUAUGGUGAUGUUGUUUAUAUUAUAUACGCUGAUGCUUUGUUAUGCUGUUAAUGUUAUAGACAGACCCAUAGCUAUUAUAAAGUUGAUAUAAUAUUAUAAGGGCUUCACAACAACACCGAUGUUAUAGUGACGUCCAAAUGUACACUGAUGCUUUGAUAUAAUGCUAAUUGUUGGGGUCCCCACUGUGUAUAGAGUAUUGUUUUUGAAUUACAAAGCUUUAUUUUGAUCUCCCCAAUACAAGAAACAAAUGAACCUGAUGUCUUGAUACUAAUAGACAUAUCUGUAGCUAGGUUCGCAAUAUAAAAAGAGGGCUACAGACUACGGUACCCAUUUUUUAAAGCUCAUUAUAGGGAGAUCUGAUCAGGGCUCACACCGACUUUCAAUUUUUUUCUGCAAAAAUGGAUAAGAAUUUUUAGAUAAAAAAAUGUUCAUAUUUUUUUAAGCCAACUGAAAUAUUUUAUCUUCCAAAAAUUGUGAUUAAAAAAGACAAGAUGGACCUAUUAUGUAACAAAUACUGGUAUACAGUAUACAACAACUUACACUGUAACCCAGGUAUCAUUUAAUCUUGCGUAUUUAGCAUUAAUUUCAUUAACAUUUAUUUAAUAUCAAAAGUUUGUAGUUGAAUGAAUGUUUUUGUUGCAAUUACGACUUUGGAGCCCGACAGCGUGAGCCCUGGGUCUCACUGUAUCUAUGUCUAUAAAUACUGACAUUGUAAAUAUAUAAACUUAUUAUUGUUGAUAUUUUGGAUGUAAAUUUGUAUAAAUACAUUUUGUAAGUAAUGUAAUUUCUUAUAAUUUAUGAUCAAUAUAUUUUUUUUUAAGAUAUGUUAUUUGUUGAAGGUCAUCAUUAAUCAUGUGAUUAUUACUACCAUAUAUAAAUCAUGACUUUUUUCAUGUAAUCAGUUACUUUCAUCAUUAUUAACAAAAAGGUCUCAACUUGAGAGAAAUUAAGAUCAUUUCUGUAAUAUUUUAGCUUAGAGAUACAGUAAUAGCGAAAAGACUCGCAUUUAGUUGAAUAUUAAAGAAAAAUGGCUGAUAGCUUGAUUACAGCCCCCCCCCCUUAUUAUCUUGCAUCAUUGGAUACUCAGUUGUAAAUGCAAUAAAGAUAACAAUACACAGGGACUCAAUUUAGACAAUACCCAGGGACAAUAACCAAGGAUUUCAUUGAAACAAUAUCCAAGAUACUCCAUUGAGACAAUAAACAAGGACUACAUUGAGAGAAUAAUCAAGGUACUCCAUUCAGACAAUAACCAAGAGGCUACAUUCAAACAAUAACCAAAAUCUGCACUGAGACAAUAACCAAGGGCUCCAUUGAAACAAUAACCAGGGACCCUGCUAAGACAAUAACUAUGGGGCUCCAUUGAAACAAUAUCCAAGGCAGAGACACCUCCAACCAGAGCUAUUGUUUCAAUCAUAUUUACCGGUCUUGGCUGACUGAAAGUGAAAUUGACUGACAUUAGAACUUGCCUUUCAGUCAGUUUACAUGACAAAUAAUAGUCUUUCAAAGAAUUUAACCUUAUAACACAAUAUAUUUAGAUAAAUUUAUAGCUUUUAAGUGUAAAAUCACUUAAACAUAAUUAUAAAUAUUUGAAAUGGAUCUUGCUAAAACUUCAUAUUCCUUAAUAAAAAAAAGACAAGAUAUGUCACAAUUUUAAAAAAGUCAUAUGUUGUCAUUUCAAUGAAUAGAAUGCUUUCAGGGAUUAAACUCUCUUCUCCACAAAUACUUUAUUAAAUUUUAAAGAAAUAUUACAAAAUUAUGAAACCCAUUAUUUGUGUGAUUUUUCAUAGUUCACUUUAAAAUGAAAUGGGGUUUAACGUCCUACUUUUCUGCACCAACCAAAGUAAUGAAGACUGGCAUACACCAUGCAGUGUGCGGAGAAUUUUGCCCGGAAAGUUACAAUUCUGCCUACUCUUCAUGACUUUUGUUUGGAUAUUAUCUAAAAAAAACCCAUAUAUUCGUAAAGUUUGUAUAUAUAUAUAAGAAGUUAUUAUGGCCAUUUUAUAAUUGUUGUUGCCAUGUAAAAUGCAAGUUUUUGUAAUAGUCAAUUGUGUUCUUUCAUUCAUUUUCAUGUCUGAUUUUCUUCAUUUUAAUAUCACCAUGAAUUAUGGACUGUUGUCAUUCUUAUAAUACAUUCCAUAACCAUAUUUAAAUCAUUAUUAUAUCCUAUAUGUAGCUGGUUGAGACUGUAUUGAUUACUGGUGGUUAAUACAACCCACUUGUUCAAAUGCUUUUUUCACUUUUAGUUUAUCAUGAAGUUGUACAGCAAUAGGUACUCAACCAGGGACUGGUUUCACAAAACAUUCUCAGACUUAGGUUAAGACUUUACACAACUUUCAAUCGUUGUUUAUGAGAAAUAUCUUUGAUCCAGAACAACAAAAAUUUUCACAUAGUUUCUAAUUGGUGUAUUUGAUACACUACAACAACAAAAGUUUUAGAAAGGGCCAUAUUUUAGUUAAAAUAAGGUGAACAAUUUGUGAGUAUAUUCUUUACUUAAGUCUGAGAAUACUUUGUGAACUCAGGGCCUGGGCUUUUGAUGGAUUGGAGACUGUGUCUGUCAGUCAAUAUACAUGACAUGAAAUUUAAAAUUUAUAAGAAUUUAAUCUUAAAUACAAUUAAAUUUUAAAAAAUGCUAAUAAUUUGCAUAUUGUUUGGGAACAAUAAAAACAUGUCAAACUUUUGAUAUGAGAGCUCUGUCUAAUACACAAGUGAAAGUGUAGUUUGGGAAAAAUAUAUUUCUGAUUCUGAACACAAUAUGGAAUUUACGUCCAGUAUAAGGUCCUCAGCAUCUCAGCAUCGAUACUCAUGUAAUUAUCUUAAUAUGAUAAAAGUGCUAUUUUCAUAAAAACUGUAUAAUGAACAAGUUGAUGUAUAAAAUUUGUACAAUAAAACAAUCUUGCCAUUCAA